GUCAUAUAGCGUCAAGUGACCCGAAUAUUUUCUUCCAAGCUUAUUUACGACGUUUCUCCUUGUCUAUGCUAUAGAUACGCAUCCCUGCGAUACAUACGGUUUAAAGCUUUUUAGUGACAAAUGUAUAGUAAAAAUGAAGGAAAACGCGGUACUUAAGUGGCAAAAAGUCUACAACCCCACCGGACCCCAACCACGACCUCGCCAUGGCCAUCGGGCAGUCGCUAUAAAAGAUUUGAUGAUAGUUUUCGGCGGCGGAAACGAAGGGAUAGUUCAUGAGCUUCACGUCUUCAACACGACUACAAACCAAUGGUUCGUUCCUGUUACGAAAGGGGAAGUGCCUCCAGGAUGUGCUGCAUAUGGGUUCGUGGUCGACGGCACGCGGCUCUUGGUGUUUGGCGGCAUGGUGGAGUACGGCAAGUAUUCUAACGAUUUAUACGAAUUACAAGCCUCUCGAUGGGAAUGGAAGCGUUUGAAGCCAUUACCGCCCAAGCAGGGUAUACCUCCUUGUCCCCGACUCGGUCACAGCUUUACCCUUCUCAAUGGGAAAGUUUACUUAUUUGGCGGGCUGGCCAACGAGAGCGAUGACCCCAAGAAUAAUAUUCCGCGAUAUCUUAACGAUUUAUACACUUUGGAACUUUAUCCAAAUUCAUCUAUGACAGUAUGGGAUAUCCCAUUGACAUAUGGCCAGUCCCCACCCCCUAGAGAGUCCCACAGUGGAGUAUCUUACACAGACAAGAAUACUGGCAAAUCCUCUCUUAUAAUAUAUGGAGGUAUGAGUGGCUCACGAUUAGGUGACCUCUGGGUACUGGAUGUAGAUAGCAUGUCAUGGUCUCGCCCAGAAGUGGGUGGCCCAGCACCUUUACCUCGCUCACUCCACACUGCAACUGUCAUCGGUCACCACAUGUAUGUAUAUGGAGGUUGGGUACCACUAGUAGCCGAUGAAUCCAAACUUGCCACUCAUGAAAAAGAAUGGAAAUGUACUAAUACACUUGCAUCUCUAAAUUUGGAGUCUAUGACUUGGGACAACAUUGCUCUGGAUAAAUUUGAAGAAUGCAUCCCAAGAGCUAGGGCUGGGCACAGCGCUGUUGCAAUACAAACAAGAUUGUACAUUUGGUCUGGAAGGGAUGGCUACCGGAAAACUUGGAAUAAUCAGAUCUGCUGCAAAGAUCUCUGGUAUUUGGAAGUUGGAGUACCUCCUCAAGCUGGUCGCGUCGCUCUUGUUCGUGCUGGCACUACAUCUCUUGAAUUGUGUUGGCCUGCAAUGAAUACUAUCACUACCUAUGUAUUACAAGUACAGAAAUGCGGGAAGGUAACCCCGGCGCGGUUCCCGGCCGCUGCUGAGCCAGUGACAGCGCCUCCACCGGCAUCUCCCGUCGCGUCGCAACCAGAUGCAACUAAAGCAUUUGGCCUUACUUCACCCGUGUCGCAAACGCCGACGGCAGAGCUUCCCGUGCGUCCGCUGGCCGCGGCGGCGUCUCCUGUCAUCCCGCCCAUUAUGACUACACCACAAAAAAUUGUUGCAGCCGUCAAAGUUCCAGCUACUAUACAAUCUGCUGCAGUUAAAAUAUCACCAAACACCCCUACAAUGAAACAAACUACUUAUCAAGCCAAAACUAUUGUUAAAUCUCCAGCUUCAGUGGCUGCUGGCUCUUCACAGCAAAUCAAAGUGUCCGCUGUCACGCCGGGCGUCACGAGGAUCGUCAGCGGGGUCGGGACCCCGGGCACUGUACGUGUGUCCACUGCUCAGUCAAAUGCUCAGAUUGUGUUAAGUUCGGGUGCGGCGGGCGGUGGAACCCCGCGCUUCGUGCAAGUGAAGACAGGUGCGAGUGGAGCGGUCCCAGUCAAACUAGGCGCUGGUACUCCCGUCAAACUGACUGGCAACACAGUCCCUCUAAAGAUAGGUGCAGCCAACAUCCAGGGUAAAAUUUCAGCCAACAGCGUCCAGAAGGUGGGACAAGUCGCAACGACUCCGCUUAAACUAGGCGCAGGCAACGUAAAAAUUGGCACAAGUAAUGUUCUUGUCAAGACUGCAGGUGGAGUGCCUAUGCAAGCAGGAGUUGCCAAUAUCCAGACCAAAGUGGCGGCAGGUGUUCCUGUAAAGCUCGGAGCGGGUAACCUGCCCGUGAUAGCAAGCAGCGGUGGCGCCAUACAGAUCGCGGGCGGCACUCUUGGUGGACAGAAGACACCAGUAUACAAGAUAGUUACGGCUAAAUCUGGCGAACAAACAGCGACGGUUGCGACCACAACCGGAGCUGGGGGCGCCACUGUGCUACGGCAGUCGGGCGGCAACGCGGGCAUACCUGUCAUCAUCAAGAAAACUCCUGGUGCCAACUCCCAGUCGAGCAAUACGCCGCAGUACGUGACGCUGGUGAAGACGUCAACAGGUAUGACUGUAGCUACCGUUCCGAAAGUCGCGAUGGUCCAGAACCGGCCGUCGGCGCCGGUCAGCGUGGCGCAAGGCCAAGGGAUUUCACCCGGCGCUACGAUCGUGAAACUAGUGUCAGCUAACACCGUUGGCGGCAAUAAGAUCAUCACUCUGCCGUCGAACGUUCUACAGCUUGGCAAGUCGGGGGUUGGGGGUAAGCAGACCAUUGUUAUCACAAAAUCGGCUAGUCAGGCCUCACAGCCUAAUCAACAGCAGUGAAUGCCUGAUACCACAGUCGAGUGAAAUAUCAGAGUGUCCUUACGUUUGAGCAUGAGUGUUGCCAACAAGCAGUGUUGUGAAUGUGUGGUGGUAAUCUUGUAUGUAAAUUUGAACACUUGUGAGUUGGACAAAGUAUAGUAUAUAUUUUAAAUCAUAAUGAUAUAGUAUAUGAUUUUUGUAUGUUAUAUGGGUCUGUGUAGAAAGUGUCCUCAUAGAGUUUUUACUAAAAUAUUUUAUUUACUCUAAAUAAUAAUAUUAUUGAUAAUGUUGUCAGAUUACACGCUGGCUCACACUUUGCUUAGAACUUGUUAUGGCACGCUGUUUUCUUUCUGCACCAUGUAUCACAAGUUGUGAAUUAAGUUGGCGACCCAGUUUCAAUGACUUCGCUCUCAAGUGCCUGUUAUGCAGUUUAUUCUGUAAUGCUGAUUAUGUCAAUGAACUAAGAGAAAUAUUUUGAUUCAAUUGAUAUUUCUAUUUGAAAUAUCAUGGAGGCUUUCUCUCUUACUUUUGGUAAAAUGAUUAAAUUGAAAUGUUUGUAAACAAUUCUGCAAUAUUUUUAGUUAUUUUCUCUCUGUAUUGACAAUUAUUUUAACGCAAUCUGAUCUGAAAUGUCAAUGAAAUUUUUGUCUUCCGCCUCAUUUAAGCUGCCAAUAUUUCCUUUGUCUUUGGUUUAACCCAGCAGUGUGUAGUUUGUAGAUAUAAUGUGUUACACGAGCCCCAUGGUUGUGAUGGUCCCAAGUUGUAGUGCUGAUCAAGUUGUUCACAAAGUGAAUUGACCAUUACGAGCAUGGGGGAAAUGCUUUGUUUCCUAGUUUUAGUUGUGGUGAGCUAAUGUUGACUCUUUAGUUUAUUGUGACCGUGAUCUAUCAGAAAUACUUUGUUUUCAUACAAACAUGCAAUAAAUCAAAAUUAUGAGAUUUUCAGCUCAUGUAGAUUACAUUUAAAUCAUAUUUUGCUUUGAGCAUAUCAGAUGUAACAGAGCUCAAUACCAUAUCAUGUCUUUAGUAAUGACACCAUACUUUGCAUGAAAACAAAUAUAAUUUCUAUUGAUACUAAAGACUAAAGCAUCUGCAUUAGUGAAAUGCCUUAUUUGCAGAAUAAUAUUAUAUUUAAGUUUUAUAUGACAAUGAUUGUUGAUGAUGUUCUUGGUACGGCGCUGUGCUGUGGCCAGUGGGCUACCAGGCAAUGUGAGAAUGCAAGUGUCUGAGGCUAUUUUCAGUAUUACUGCUGGCCACAGCGUAGGGCCCACUAAGGACUGCGCUUGUACUGGUGGAAAUAAUACAUUACACAUUAUUCAUUAAAUUAAUUUUCCGGUUUUGAUUAGUUUAUGUUUCAUGGAGAAAAAAUUAAUUAAUAUUUAUCAGUCUUAUUAUUGAAACAAUAAAUAAUUAUGACAAGGAGGUCCAUUAAUUCUGAAAUGCUUUGGCCAUUUUUAAUAUUGAGAUUUAAGGUGUGAUAUGGGAAAUCUCAAAUAAUAAUAAAAACUCCAGCAUUAGUGAUGUGUAUGUAUUUUAAAACACCGGUUCAAGCAUAUUCCUCGUUCGCAAUAAACUCCAUUUUAUCAUGAUGACGCCAAGUUGUGCCUGGCGUGGCGGUAGAUUUUCGAUGUACGCGUCCCAAUGUACAAGUGACGAUAUGGCACUUUUACUAUAUUUAAUGACAACUUUAUUGAUAACUAAUAUAUCAAUAACUGUUCUUUAAGAAUAAAUUGACAUAGAAAUGCAGAAUAUUGUUUUGUAUGGGAAUGUGCGAGGUUUAAGUCAAAUUAUUUGAAUUUUUAUUUUUGAUAUGGAUUCAAGUGAAGUACUUGCUGAAAUUGUAUUCUGCAUUUAUAUAUACAGUUUAGGAUAAGAGUCCUAGGUGUAUGUACGUAUAGAUCAUUAUAAGGUAAGCGAGGUACGGAAUGUAAAUAUCAUUAAGUAGAUAAAUUUAAUGUUAUAGUUUGUUCAUAUUAUGUUCAUUUGCUUGAAUAAACGAUUUGGAUAAA